UUCAGACCAAAACGCACAGGACAACCUACCGGAUUAGGUGAAACCCGAUUCCAUUAUCCAUUGAAGACCCAAAUUGAUCGCUUUGUUCAGAGAAAGAGAGAGAUGUGGGAAUCGAUCUGUUUAACGUUGGCGGCGACCGCUGGUAAUAACAUCGGCAAGGUCCUCCAGAAAAAGGGCACCAUCAUUCUUCCCCCUCUCUCUUUCAAGCUCAAGGUGAUAAGAGCAUAUGCUUUCAACAAAUCUUGGGUGAUUGGUUUUCUAAUGGAUAUAUUUGGAGCAAUUUUGAUGUUGAGGGCACUAUCUCAAGCUCCUGUAUCCGUCAUCCAGCCAGUUUCUGGCUGCGGACUUGCUAUUCUUUCUAUCUUUUCGCACUUUUAUCUGAAGGAAGUCAUGAAUGCUAUUGAUUGGAUGGGGAUUACUUUGGCGGGAAUUGGUACAAUAGGAGUUGGGGCUGGAGGUGAGGAGCAAGAGGCUACUGCCAUAUCUAUUUUUCAUUUACCGUGGCUGGCAUUCAUUGCUGCCAUCUUGUUUGUAGGUACCUUAUCCUGCGCACCAUCUGAUCUUAGUAUUGAUAUGUUUUUCUUGUCAGAAAUAUCCGUAGAAGAGUGUGCCAACUCCUGUUCGUAUGACCAGAUUUUGGUACUUCUCAAUGGAUGGCUUCGUAUCUGCAAACGCCAACGAAGAGAACAGGAGAUGAUGGAAUAUGAAGUUGUUGAAGAAAUUAUAUAUGGCUUGGAAUCUGGCAUUUUGUUUGGGAUGGCAUCUGUAAUAUCAAAGAUGGGAUUUGUAUUUUUGGAGCAGGGCUUCCACAAGAUGCUGGUACCUAUAUGCAUUUCAAUCAGCGUAGCUUUUAGUGGUACAGGAUUUUAUUAUCAGACUCGCGGUCUAAAGCAUGGAAGAGCAAUUGUAGUAUCCACAUGUGCUGCUGUGGCAUCAAUUGUGACUGGUGUACUUGCCGGCAUGCUUGCAUUAGGUGAACGUUUACCGUCAGCACCAACUGCUCGGGUUUCACUUCUGCUUGGAUGGUUACUUAUUAUUAUAGGCGUGAUUCUACUAGUGAGUUCAACACGGGUGCUGAGACACCUUCCACGGCCAUUACGGCAUUUUAUACAAAGGGGUGUUGACAGGAAUUUCAGCCUCAGACGAUCUGGAUCUGUUCGUGUUAGGGAUACAAACCCAAGUGCUGUUAUCCAGGCAGCCACAUUGCAGCAUUUGAUAUCAUGUCCUCCUAAAGCGAAGGCUUGAAUUUACAAUAGUGAGAAGAUUGUCGCAUAUGUCUAUGUUAAGAUUCUUGUUGAUGGUGUUGUAGAUGACAAGAAGUAUCUCCAUGAGGUCUUGAUUGAGAUUGGGUUGUAUAGUACGGUCAUGCUCACUGGUCUUAGAGGGCGUGUAGCUUUUUAGGUCAUUCCUUCUGUAAAACAUGCUCUGCUUGAUUUGUUCUGAAAAAUCUUUGAAGUUUGAAACUCUUGCCUACAUUCCAUUUAGUCAAUUAUUUUUUUAGUACUUA